AUGCGGCAGGAGCCGGAAGUCAAGGAGAACAUGACAGAGAACGAGAUCAUGACUCUCAACUGGCUCCAGGGAGCCAGCAUCGCCAAUGGAAGGAGAGCCAUGGGCGACGAAGAAGACCGAAGCCAGAUGCUGGCAGUGCAGACCCCGCGCGGGAAGGAUCUUUCCACUUACACUGCGAAGAUCCCCAUGGGCACCCUUGAGGAGCUCAAUGGACCCGACUUCAACGCGCUGGAUCAGAGCUCGGAAAUGAAGAUUGCCAUCGCCACCUACGUGACCUGGGUCCAUGACGGCUGCGCCAAUUGGGUGCGAGAGCACGUACAAGAGGCGACGAUCUUCAAGUUCAUGUCGGCGGCGGAGGCCAAGUAUCCCUCGGAGAACCCCUUCCACAACUAUUCGCACGGCUUGGAUGUCCUCUAUUCAGUCUCGCGCUCCUGCAGGCUGACGAACUUGGAGGCUCUCCUCACGGAGACAUCGCAGUUUUGGCUGCUCAUUGCCUCCAUCGGCCACGACUUGGGACAUCUAGGUGUGAACAACCAGUUCCUGGUCGAGACCAACCACGAGGUUGCUGUCAAGUACAACGAUCGAUCUCCUCUGGAGAACAUGCACUGCGCGACGCUCUUCCAGGUCGUGAACUCGAGUGCCGAAACAAACGUCUUCGCCAAUGUGGACAAGGAGACCUACAAGGACAUGCGCCGGGGAAUCAUCGCAGCUAUCCUCCACACGGAUAUGGUCAAGCACAACGAGAUGAUCAAGGAGCUGUCCUUGCUCUAUCAGAUGAACUCCGAUGCGUUGGAUGCGCUCAAGCCAGACGGCGUUGUCCACAGCUCGGCAAGCACCACGCAGACGAUCCUGAACGCCCUCCUGCAUUGCGCAGACAUCGGGAAUCCUAUGAAGCCAUGGGACAUCUGUUACCAGCUGGCCCAUCUUUGCUUGGAUGAGUUUUUCGCCCAGGGCGACAUGGAGAAAGAGAAAGGCAUCCCGGUCCAGAUGCUCAAUGACAGAGACAAAGUGAACCGGCCGAAUUCGCAGGUCGGCUUCAUCGAGUUCGUUAUCGCUCCGAUGGCUGAGUCCAUGAGCAACAUCUUCCCCCAGCUCGACCAGCUCUCCCAUAAUCUGAGCUUCAACGUGCAGACAUGGCUGCAGAUGUGGAUCGAUGAGGCGGCGCCUCCGGAGGAGCAAGCCUCGAAGGUCUCGGAGCGCGUGAAGCGAGUUGUGGCGAGGUGCAAGGCAAGCACGCGCGAAGAGCGGGGGAUUCCGGAAUAG